AUAUCUACCACGUACAUUAUACUCUCAUAAUACUACCGGGAAAAUGGAUCUGAGCGAACGAUUAGACGUCACGAUCGCUUCUCCGCGCUCCUCGGCAAUUGACAGACGGCGACGACGACGAACGACAUAAACGACGUGAAUAUUAAAAUUUAGACUAAACUUCGACGACAGCGACAAAAUAUAGUUCAACGAAGUGUUAUUUGAUUUUAAGAAAUUCUUUUUUUUUUGUGAAACGUGUGCUCAAUUUUUUUUUUUUAAACUCAGAAUACGCCGGUCGUAUAAUAUAUAGCGUAAAAAUAAUAAAUAAGCAAACGAAUUGAAAUUGAAAAAAUCGCGUAGAAGAUGCGAAUAACAAGCAGCCGGCCGGUUAGGCAAGAGGGCGGCAACGGCCACGUGCCAUGAUGAGCUGAUGGAUGACGACGGGCCGGCAGCGGCGGACGACGCGGCAGCGGCGAUCGAGCAGCAGUUGGAGAAACAGCAGCGCGAAGAGGCGGAGAAGAAGCGUCUGGAGGAGCUCCGGGAACGGGUGCUGUUCUACUUGACUACUUUCUUCAUACUGCUGGGCAUCGUCAGCCUGUUCGUGUUUCUGUUCUUGGUGCCGUUCCUCAUCGAGCCGGCCAUCACGACCAUACUGAUGGAUUUCGACGAAACGCCGACAACGUGCGUGACCGCUUAUUCAGAGGUCCGCGAGGGCGCGUCCAACUGUUCGCUUCCGGGUGGCUGGGCGUCGUGCCGGGAGGGCUGCACCCGAGAGAUAUACGAGUGUGCGCAGAUAUUCGUUAACUACACCGUGCCCGGGGUGAGAGACUUGAAUGCCCGGCAUCGGCGGUCGUUGCUCGUCCGCGGCUACCGGCCCAUCGAGCCCGAGCAGCCGGCCGCCGGGUGGACGUAUUCCCUGGCCCGCAUAUAUCCCAACGUCAAGGGGUGCGGUUACCCGCCCCAGCUAAACUGCACCGAGUUUCGGCUCAGGUACUUUGAGGUGGGCGCCAGCUACCCGUGCUACUACAGCCGCGUCGAACCGUGGGUGGUCAUCACCGAACUGGACCUGGCCAAGAGCACCAGACAGCUAGUGUACUCUAUGGUGUUUCCCAUACCGUGUUUCGUCGUGUCCGUCGUGUACGUGGCGCUCGCGUAUUUCUGCGUGUACGCCGGCCGGCACAGCAAGCCCAAAGUCAAGCGUCGCGUCGUCCGACGAAUGGUUGGCGGUGGUGGAGUUACCGGAAGCGGUGUCGGUACCGGAAGUGCUGCGGGCUACGGCGGUUCCGCUUCCCGGGCCAAAUCUGGUUCGGAGGCUACUCCGCUCACCAACAACAGCAGCGCCGCGGUCGCGCCGACUUCACCCGUCGGCACCGGAACACCCGGCAGUGAAUCAUUGUAUCGCCGACGAGGCGAUCGUGUUGGCGACGAUGUCGAUGACGACGACGACGACGAUGCGUCCGAAACGUAUUACGGUGAUCAGCUCAGGUCCACGCUGGGCGUGGACGACUCCAUCGCCGACUACGUGAACGCUCUCCGCCUGUCCGAACACACGCUCAGACAAUCAGACUCGAACGAACCGUCCAGGGGCGAGUGGUCAGACGAGAAUGAUGACUGCGAAGUGAGCGUUUGCGAGAGUAGCCUCGAACGGUCAGUAAAAACCGUUACCGCUACCACUACCGUCGCUGCUUCCACUUCGUCGUUUCCAACUAAUUCCACCGGAAACUUGACCAAGACGAUGACGACGUGUAUCUUAACUCCCCCUGGGCCGACGGCAGAAGUCUGAAAAGAGAUUUGCAUCACAUCAAUAACAUUUCCUGGAAGCCCACCAAAUGAUUUGAUAUAAUACGCGAUGCCAUAUUAUAAUAUUAUUAUAAUGUCCGAUCCGUAUCGCGCGUGCGGUUUUCGUUUUUAUUUGAUAAUACGCGUUUACAAUAUAAUUGUUAUAAAUAGUUGAUAACAUUUAAUUAAAUUUUCACUCAAAUUUUAAUAUCGUAGUGGUUUUCCGUCGAAAGUUUACAUUUUUAUUAUACUUACUAUACAGUAAUUCGUCUGCAGCGUACCAUUAGCAACCAUAGGAUAACGGUAAUCUAGGUCAAUAUAAUAUAUUAUACGUAUAUACUCGCGAUGUAUACCCUGUACUACAACUGACAUCACAAUCGCUAGGCCAGUGUUUCAUAGUCCUCGCAAUGUAUCAUCAGUUAUGCCUACUAAAUAAUAUAUAACGUGCCGGUAGCGGGAGCAUUAGUGUCCGACCGGUCAUCUUUUACUAUUCAAUAAUAUGUGACUAGCGCAUGUUCAUUAAACAAGACGAUCAUUUAUUUUAAUUACUAUGAUAUUAUUGUACAGGUACACUCGAUUUGUUCUCCAACAAAUCGUGUGAGAUUUCACAUGUUUUUUUUCAGCCGUGUCUCGUUAUACGUAUUCGUACAUCGACGAGAUUAUAGGUACGUCUCACCGCGUAUCGCGAAAACUGAAUUUUCGUGUCCGAUCGAUCACGUUCUACUCGUAUUUAAUAUUUAUAGUAUCCAUAGUGUUGUCAUUAUCAGAUUCACUUAAUCGUUAUACGACUAUAUGCACCAAGUCCAAACACGUCGCCUCGGUAUGGUAAGACGUCUGCAGGACGACUCUGUAUUUUGAACAUGUUUUCAUUUUAUUAAAAAAAAAAAAAAAAGGAAAAAUAAUAAAAUUUAAAUCGCUUUGUGCAUUUAAUAAUGUUAUUCACAAAACGCUUACAAAGCCACUUUUUUUUCGUACAAAAGAAAUAUAUUAACUUUGAUAUGGCGUAAAAAAAAAAAUCAUUCUUUUUUGAUUUGCAGGAAAACUUUCCGAAAGUCCGUACAAACUUUUUUUUUUGUGUAUAAUUUCGUUGCAUACUUUGGCGCGCACAUUUUGCACGAACGAAGUUGAUAUAUUUAUACAGUGCGAACAGUCGGGUUAUUCCGUGUUUUUCCGUUUCAACUACGCAUCAUAUCAUAUCACGAUGAGACCAUGGGAAAACGCGUCGCUCGAUUCUCCGCCCUGUAUAUACCUAACACGACGUGGCAAUAAUGGCGUGUUUUAUAUCGUCAUCACAUUGUCCGUCAAAUUCAGUACGAUAAUAAUUUGUAAUGUACAAAACAACACUAUUGGCACAUAUAUGCCAACAAUAAUACUAUAAAUGUUAAAGGUAAAACUUUGUAUGUGUAUUGAUAAUAUUAUUAUUAUCGUCGUAAUGGCUGGCGGCUUUUGUUUCGUUUACCUACACAAUAUUAUAAUACAUUGCGUAAACCGGGCACGCAACGAUUGACACGCAUUAUACAUAAUUGCAAUAAUCAUCGCGAUUCGUUGGAAUCUAUGCCCACCCUUAUAGUCGAUGGUGAAUGUAAUAAUAUUAAAUCGUAGCCGUGUAAUAUUAUGAUGAAAAUAUAGAGAUCGGUGCUCGAGACGAUUUGGUCGAAAUAUCUGCCACGUUUCCCCAAAUCAAAUCAUCAUCGAGUGGCUAUACUAUGUCCUUAAAUUGUUCCUUCAAUCUGGAAAGUAAGCCAAACAGUCAUGGUUUUUUGCUUUAUAUCGUCUGCACACUGAGAGAGACAUACCAAUAAUAAUAAUAAUAAUAAUAAUAAUAAUAAUAAUAUAGACCCCAAACAAUAUUGCAAAUUUAAUUUUCUGAAAAAAAGCCAAGUAUUUCACUUAAAUAACAUAUAUUUUAUUAUACUAAUAGAUACUAUAUUACAACUAGUUUUGUUUUGAUUUUUCAAUAGUUCUUUUGGAAGAGUGAAAAAACAGUAGACGAUUGCAGACGUGUGGUUUUUUUUAAAAGCGCAGAUCUCUGUAGUGAUUUAUCAGAGAUUUUAUUUACUGUAUAACUCACAUUUGAUCGUUAUGAUUAUGAUGAUCGCUCACCGACGGGUUUUAUCUUCAAAAUUGUAGUCGAAUAUUCGAGAAAAAAAUAUUAUAUGUCACGUUGAUGAUCUAAUAGAAAAUUUAAGUCUGGCCAACUCUGCAAGUGCAGUAUGUAUGAUGUUAGUUUUAUCAUUUGCGUGUGACGGUUGCGGUAUAUAACUAUUUAGUUAUCGAAUAAUAAUAAUUUUAUUAUUACUAUUGUUAUGUAUACAACCGAGUAAAAAACGCCAUUUUCAUUCUGCGUUUAUCAAUAAAUUACCAAUUAUAAUACGUGUUCCUAACUAGACGUCCGGGAUUUUAUGACCGUAAAAUGCCAUAUUUUAAAAUAUGGGUGCCAUUUUAUACAAUAUUUUUUCUUUUUCAACAGACAUUGUUUUUAAUAGAAAUCAUCAUUAUUAUAUUUGUUGUUUUAUACGCAUAGUUUAGCUCAGAUAAGUGGGUACUUAUUAUAACUUAAUAUGAUGGUUUAUUAUUGAAAUUUUACACCGACAAAAUAAUAAUAUUAUAAUAACCGUGGUAGAAAGUGCACCGCUUUUGCAAGACGAUGAAAUAUUGGCCACAAUACUACUAUUAUUAUUAUUUUAUUAUUACUAUAUACAUUUUUAAAACUAAAUCUAAUAUAUUAAUAUACUUAAAUAUCAUUUCCAAAAAGACUGAUACGUGCUAUUCGUUGUAGAUAUAAUAAUAUUAUUGUGACGUGUUUAAAUAUUAAAUGAUGAGUAGUCGUAAGAUCUCAAAUUAUUAUUAUUAUUAUCAUUAAAAAAACUUUAAUCACGUUUCUUAUAUUAUGUUAUAAAUAUACACAUAUAAGUAUAAUAUAAUAUAAUGUAUUUACUUCUAAUUAAUUGAUUUCCUCAUUUAUUAUAUAUUAUGUAUUUAUAGACGUUAAUUACAAUACAAUCGAACUAAUCAUAGUAUUAUAUUAUAUUGUUACAUUUAAAUUUUGUAAUGUUGUGACCGCAGCUCCUUUAUGAUACAUAUUAUUAUAUUUGUACGGGUAGAUUUAAACAACAUUCUUUUAUAAUAUUUAGGUAAUUUUAAUUGUAAAAGUACAGAUUUUCUAAAUUUAGAUGUUCUUUUAGUAUGUAAGUUCUUCAUUUACUGUUCGUUUAAUUUUUAAAUUAAAUUUACGCAUUUUUUAUAUAGGCCUAGAUUUUUUUAGGCAAUUUUUUGAGAGCGUUUUAUUUUUUAUACUUACUAUAUUUAUUCUUAACAUUAAUAUUGUAAAGAAGAAACAAAUUUUAUGAAUAUAUUUUUCAUUGUUCUCUAGUACAAUAAUAGAGUGUUUCAUUUUUUGAGUCUAUUUUUUUGCACUUUCAUUGUUCACGUUUACUAUUACAAUUAUUUUAUCGUAACAGAAAUAUAUUAUAAUAAUUACUUCGAAUUUUGUUUUUUUUUUGUUUUUGCUUACAUUGUUAUAUGAAUGUUAAUUUUAGAAAGAGCACGCGGGGUAUGUGACUAUUACUUUUAUGUGAUACACUGUAUUAUAAUAUAUAAUAUUUGACAAUUAUUAUUAUUAUAACCAUCGAUGUGAAACAAUUUAUGAAAAAAAAAAAAUUAUGGUGGAAAUAAAAGAACGGCUUUAUUAAUAA